UCUAUUUUCUAUAAACAACAACACAACCUUUCAAUUAAUUCUAUCUUCUACCAGUUCCGAAAGAUCUAGCCACGAAGUAUACAUUCAUAAUAAUCAUAAAUCUAUAAUUCAAUCACCAUAAAUUCAAUAUCCUCCGGCGCAAACCGCCACAGCCGUCAUCAUGGAUUUUGCAUCUCUAAUGUCCAAGGAGAUAUCCAAAAAGACCGAAUCUUCCACAGAUACGUCUAAAAAAUAUAUGAAACGCUCCGAAAUUGAAGCAGAACGUCAAGCCAAAUAUCUCGCAGAGCAACGUGCCAUUGAAGCCGAGCGCGAGGCCAAAUUAGCACAAAAGCGCAAACGCGAGGAGGAGGAGGAGGAAGCCAAUAAAGCGCGCGAAGAAAAACGAAGACGAUUCGCCGAGGAAUCGAGAAAACAGAGAGAGGAAAGAGAGGCGGAGGAAGAAAGGAAGAGGAGGAAGAAAUUGGGAUUACCGGAGUUGGUUAAGCAACAUGUUGAGGAGGUGGAGGAGGAUGAUAUCCCGGAUGAAGAGUUGAUUCUGAAAUUACGCGAGAUGGGACAUCCGGCGAAACUGUUCGCCGAGAGUCAUAAGCAGAGGUUGAGGAGAUAUAGGAAAUUGGGGGUGGUUAUGACGACGGGACCCAUUCCUACGAAGUUGGUUUUGGUCGAGGAGAAGGAUAUGAAGGUGGAGACUGUGCCGAAGGAUGAGGAGGGGAGGAAAUAUUUGUUUAGACAGUUGGCGAGUUAUUUUACCAUGGUUUUGACGGAAUGGGAACAAGCUUUGGAAAAGGAGAAGAGGGAUACUUUUGCUAGUAAGGCGGCUUAUAAUGCUAUGGUGCAGAGUAAGGAAAAUAUGACUCCUGUAAGUUAUACGUCCCAUAUCUUUUUAUCCUAUGAUAUAAUAACUGACACGAAUGAUCCAUAGCUAUUCCGCAAAUUCGAAAAAGGCGAUCUAGACGAAGGAAUUCUAGAACCCAUAGUGGAAAUCGUCAAAGCUGCGCAGGAAAAACGUUACGUCGAUGCAAAUGAUGGAUAUCUACGUCUCAGUAUUGGAAAAGCUGCAUGGCCAAUCGGAGUUACGAUGGUGGGUAUUCACGAGCGUAGUGCGCGCGAGAAAUUGCACGAGACGGAUAAGGGACAUGUAAUGGGUGAUGAAAUUACGAGGAAAUUUUUGCAAAGUAUCAAGAGAUGUCUUAGUUUUGCUCAGGUGAGAUGGCCACCGGAGGAUAUUAGACAAUUGAUGGGUUAGAUAGGUUUUAAUGGGGUAUAUUAUUCUAUUCUGAUGUUCAUAUUUGGCUGAUUUU